UCUAUCUAAUUCGAUGUUUGAGACCCAGAUCUCAAUUUUCAAAAAUUAAACAAGACUUUUUUUUUGAAUUACUACUGUUCUGUUAUGGGUCUUGGAGAUCUGAAUGUGGGUGUGACUGCGAAAUGGCAGCCUUGAUUUUCCUUUCGGAUGGUGGGUGACGCCUCGUUCUCUCUUGCCUUUGCUCUCACACUACCUCUCUAUUUCUCUCCUUCCUCUGCAAUCACACUUUAUCUUCUUCUUAGAAGCCUUGCUUCGUACUCUUUCUCUGUCUUAAACAUUUGGGUUAAUCUCAUCAAUCUCUCUCUUUAAUCUGCAAGCGUUCUUACUUUCUCUCUACUCUGCAACCCCAGUUUCUCUCUCACUCUCUCCGCAUUUGGGUUUGCGUCUCCUUCUGUAAUUUGCAAUCUCUCUGUCUACAUUUGGGUUAAUCUGCAUCUCUCCCCCUAAGCAUUUGUGUUACUCGCACAUUCUCUCCCACUCUUAGUAUAUAUCGCCCCAACAAUGGCUUCAGGAGGAACCAAAUCGUCAAAACCUGCAAAACCCCCAAACCCAUCUUCAACUUCUCAGUCUUCGGUCAGAUCAACAUCCUCUUCUGUCUCCACUCACCUCGCGAUGGUGGAGCUCAAGCAGCGCAUUCUGACCUCCCUCUCCAAGCUCUCCGACCGCGACACCCACCAAAUCGCCGUUGACGACCUCCACAAUCUCAUCCAGAAUCUCUCUACCGACUCCGGCGUCUCCAUCCUCCUCAAUUGCCUCUAUGAGGCCUCCUCCGAUCCCAAACCCUUAGUCAAGAAGGAGUCUCUCCGGCUUCUCUCUCUCCUCUGCACCUCCCACCCCGAUUCCACCUCCACCCACCUUACCAAAAUCAUCUCUCACAUUGUCCGCCGCCUCAAGGACUCUGAUACCGGUGUCCGGGAUGCGUGCCGCGACGCCAUUGGUACUCUGUCUUCCCUGUACUUGAAGGGUGAUGGUGGUGGCGGUGACAAUGGGGGAUUUGGGUCUGUGGUUUCGCUCUUUGUGAAGCCUCUGUUUGAGGCAAUGAUUGAGCAGAACAAGGGGGUUCAAUCAGGGGCUGCAAUGUGCUUGGCUAAGAUGGUGGAAUGCGCAUCAGACCCGCCUGUAGGCGCCUUUCAGAAGCUCUGCUCGAGGGUCUGCAAAUUGCUCAACAAUCCGAAUUUCUUAGCAAAGGCUGCACUUUUGCCUGUUGUGGGGAGCUUGUCUCAGGUAGGAGCAAUUGCACCACAAAGCUUGGAAGCAGUGUUGCAAAGCAUUCAUGACUGCCUUGGGAGUCCUGAUUGGGCAACACGCAAGGCUGCAGCUGAUACAUUAAGUACUUUAGCAAUGCAUUCAAACAACUUGAUCAUGGAUGGAGCUGCUUCUACACUGGCAGCACUUGAGGCUUGCCGCUUUGACAAGAUAAAGCCUGUGAGAGAUAGCAUGACUGAAGCACUGCAGCUAUGGAAGAAAGUUGCAGGAAAAGGAGAUGGGGUUUCAGAUGAUCACAAAGCUACAUCUCAUGAUGGUGAAAAUUCAGAGCCAGCUGAGUUUUCUGACAAGAAUGGCCCAAAAGUUUCGAAUCCUGGAGAGAGAAAAGCAGAAGCAUCAGGGAAGGAUUCAUCCAAUGGUUCUUCCCCUGCUAAUGAUUCUGUUUCCAAAACUAAGGGUGGUAGCAUUCCAGACAAAGCAGUAGGGAUAUUAAAGAAGAAAGUACCUGCUGCCUUAACUGACAAAGAGUUGAACCCAGAAUUUUUCCAUAAACUUGAAACAAGGGGUUCUGAUGAUUUGCCUGUAGAAGUUGUUGUCCCUCGUAGAUGUCUUAAUUCUGCAAACUCACACAAUGAAGAAGAAUCAGAACCAAAUGAUGCAGAUUUAAGGGGAAGGUCAAAUCUCAUGGAGCCUGAUGAUGUUCAUGGAUCUGUCAACAUUAAAUAUCGUAAUGCAGAGAGAGGAAAUGCUGGCUUGUUUUCUAAACAACGAGAUUUUGAUGAAGUUGCACGGGAUAAAUGGGCUGAUGAGAGAGUAAAUGGAAAAGACUCUAGAACAAGAGCAUUUGAUAUUGAUGACAGGAUUGAUAUAAACCAAAGGGAGUCAUCUGGUAGUCGUGUGGGUUUUUCCAAAACUGAUGUCCAAUCUGAGGGAUCUUUCAUGAAUAACAAAGGAAAUUGGUUAGCUAUACAGAGACAACUAUUGCAACUGGAGAGGCAACAAGCUCAUCUGAUGAAUAUGUUGCAGGAUUUCAUGGGUGGGUCUCAUGAUAGCAUGGUGACUUUAGAGAACAGAGUACGGGGCCUUGAGAGAGUUGUUGAAGACAUGGCACGGGAUUUGUCAAUAUCAUCAGGUAGGAGAGGUGGUAAUUUUAUGGUGGGAUUUGAGGGAUCCUCCAAUAGGUCUUUAGGCAAGUAUAAUGGCUUCCCUGAUUACUCAAGUGCCAAGUUAGGAAGGGGCAGUGAUGGACGAAUUCCAUUUGGGGAAAGAUUUGGCCCUUCAGAUGGAAUUGCUUCAGGUAUGAGGGGCAGGGGCCCUCCAUGGAGAUCAGACAUGGCUGAGGCCUGGGAUUUUCCAACAUAUGGUGCUCCCAAAAAUGGGCAAAUGGGCUCUAGGAGAGCUCUGGUGAGUGGUCCUGUAGAUGGUAGAUCACCAAAAGCUGAACAUGAGAGUGAUCAGGUUGGUAACAGGAGAGCUUGGGAUAAAGGUGCUGCACCUGUUAGGUUUGGUGAGGGCCCUUCUGCAAGAAGUGUCUGGCAAGCUUCAAAAGAUGAAGCUACUCUAGAAGCAAUUCGGGUGGCUGGGGAAGAUAGUGGAGCAACUCGAACUGCAAGAGUAGCUAUGCCUGAAUUGACUGCAGAAGCUAUGGGAGAUGACAAUGUUGUGCCAGAGCGGGAUCCAGUCUGGACUUCUUGGAGCAAUGCAAUGGAUGCACUUCAUGUGGGCGAUAUGGAUUCAGCUUAUGCCGAAGUUUUGUCUACAGGGGAUGACCUCUUGCUUGUGAAGCUAAUGGACAGAUCAGGCCCUGUAAUUGAUCAACUCUCAAAUGAUGUAGCAAGUGAGAUUUUGCAUGCCGUUGGGCAGUUUUUGUUGGAGCAGAAUUUAUUUGAUAUCUGUUUGUCUUGGAUUCAACAGUUGGUAGAUGUAGUAAUGGAAAAUGGACCAGAUAUCAUGGGAAUUCCAAUAGAAGUAAAGAGGGAGCUUUUAUUGAACUUAAAUGAAGCUUCUGCAACAACAGACCCACCUGAGGACUGGGAAGGUGCAACACCCGAUCAACUCUUGUUGCAGUUGGCAUCUGCCUGGGGAAUUGAUCUGCAACAGCUUGAGAAGUAAGCCCUAGCUUACUAUAGCCUAUCAGGUAGUGUGAUUGUAUUUCAUAUUAAGACUUUUUUUAUUGGUUGGUUGGGUUUAUACAUCUUAUAUGUCACAUAUGUAAGUUGAGAAACUCGAAAAUGAACAGAAAUGGUUUUGAGCAAAUAUGCAAAUUGAGCAUUGCAACAUUAUUUGAUUUGAUUGAAGCUGGCAAUGAAUAUGUGUUCCAUCUUUAAGAUUUAA